AUGGGAACACAGAAGAUGCAACAGUUGCGACAACAGAAGCAACAGCAACAGCAACAACAACAGGCAGCACAAGCACAAGCACUAGGACAACAACUACAGCAACCACAACAACAGCAUACACCUCCGCAACAUCAACAACAUACACCUCCACAGCAUCAGCAGACACCUCCACAGCACCAACAAACACCUCCCAAGCAACAAUAUAUGUCACAACAGCAGCAAUAUAGGACUAAUACACCUCAACAGAAUCAUCAACCACAACAACAACAAUCGCAACAACAGUAUCACAACAAUAGGAAUGAAUAUAUGAGUGAUGAUAAUCAUCCUCUAAUACAUCAUUCUGCCAAACAGACAAGACCACCAAAGUUUAAGGUAUCCUAUCAUGUGGGCAGCAGAAGUGAUGACAAGCACUGCUUUGGCAUCACAUCGUUAGCAUAUGACUACGACGACAAUGUCUUGUACUCGGGUGGACGUGACUCCACCAUCAAGCAAUGGUCAAUCGAUGAAGCGUCAGGUGGCUUGGACGUGAACAACACUCUCAGCUUUGAAGGACACAACGACUGGGUCAACGACAUCUUUGUCAAUCCCAAGCAAUCAAUACUGGUGUCAGCAUCAUCUGAUGCCUCGAUCAAGUUGUGGAACACAUCAUCAGGCAAGUGCAUACGCACUGAGAGGAAGCAUGAUGACUAUGUCAAGGCACUGGCAUAUGCACCGGGCGCCAACUACUUUGCAUCGUCCGGUCUUGACUCCCAUAUCAUGCUCUGGGAUCUCAACGUGUUCUCACCUGUAACGACACUUCCCAAUGGUGGUGGUGACAGCACGUCCAACAACUACACUGUACCCCAGAAUCAAUCAACAACAGGCUCAGACGACAUUGACGGCAGCUCCGACUCUUUGUUGCCCCCGCCACCAAGCCGCUUCAAUAUAUCACGUGCUGGAGGCGACAACAUAUCGAUAUACAGUCUGGCGAUCAAUAACGACGCGUCAUUGGUGUUGGUCGGCUCGACUGAGCGCACAAUCCGCGCAUGGGACGUCAUGGGUGGCAAGAAGAUCUUCAAGCUCAAGGGACAUACAGACAACGUGCGAUCAAUUGUCAUAUCGAGCGACAGUAAGAGAUGUCUGUCGGCGUCCAGCGACGGCUCAUUCCGUCUCUGGGACCUAGGAAUGCAGAAGUGCAUCCACACCUUUGACGACAUCCACAACGACUCUGUCUGGUCGUUGGCGGUGACAUCCAACUUCUCACACGUCUACUCGGGUGGCCGCGACGGACUAGUGUACAGCACCGACCUAAAGACGUUCCACUCGUCGUUGGUGUGCAAGGAGUCGGGCCCAGUGCUCAAGAUACUGCACAACGAGAAGUCCAGGUCGCUCUGGGUGUCCACCACCGACUCGGUUAUCAAGAACUGGUCCAUCGAAGACAUUGGCCAGCUUCCAAAGAGUGAGCCCAGAUUCAUCGACGACGACAAGGAGCAAUCCUUUGUUGUCAAGGAGCCCCUGGCAGUCAUACCUGGCCGACCAGGCAUCAUCAAGCAUCACAUCAUGAACAACCGUCGACAUGUGCUCACCAUGGACACCAACGACACGGUGCAACUGUGGGAUGUGACCAGGGGCGAGGAGGUGCAGACCUAUGGCAAGGUCGACUUUGACAAGCAGGUCGAGGAGCUGCAGGAGAUCGUCAGCAUACCCAAGUGGGCAUCGAUAGAUACCAAGACUGGCAGUCUCAGUGUCACCCUCGAGCAAUCACAAUGUUUCAACGCCUAUGUUCAUCUAUCCAACCUUGGCAUCAACCUGCAGGAGGGUGAAGAGGACACCCUCUACAACAUUGGCGAGCGUAUCCUCUUCUCUCUCUUCUCACACUGGCUGAGAGACAAGCAGAAGCAUGCCAUCACAGGUGUCAACAACAAUGUAAAUAGUAGUAAUAGCAACAACAACGGCAACAACAAUAGUAGUAGUAAUAGUGUAAAUAGCAACAACAACAGCAGUAGUAACAGCAGUAGUAACAACACCAAUGUUACAGAUGAAGAAGAGACAAAGGAUGAAGACAACGAUGACAAUGGACAACAGAACAAGAGACCAGCGACCAAGACACCCUCGUCCAACUCAUCCACAUCGACUACGCCAAGCUCACUCACACCAAACAACAGCUCCAAUUGCAUCGAUGUUCUGCCUUCCAAGCGACUGUUCACUCUUCCAAAGGAGACACCCAUCAUCAUCUACGAUGAUAACAACAUCAACAAUAGCUUUAGGUCGCGAAUCGAUCAGCUGGCCGGCACCAAGUACGAUAUGUUACCGCGAUGGGUGACAGAUGUGCUGCACGGUGGCCCCCUCGGUCAGAAGCCGUAUAUAGUCCAUCUGAUGAUGGCGCCGAGCGAGGAGAAGAACAUAUCACCAUUUUCCAAGACGUCCAACAAGUUCAAUGCCCCACAGCACAUCCAGAUGAAGAAGGUGGCUACCUAUGUGGCACAGACACUCAAGCUGUUUGAGCAGGGCUCCAUGGCCGAAGAGUACAUCGAGAUACUCUGCAAUGGCAAGUUAUUGCUACCAACCUACACAUUGGCCACGGUCAAGACGUUCUUUUGGAAGUCGAGCGAGGACCUUCAGCUGCACUACCGGGUCAAGGCUAUCUAUGGCAACGAGCAAGACCUGCGAACGAUGGCCAAGAACAAUCAGAUCAAGAGGUAUCCAAGGCCAAUGUCCAGCAGCACCGCUGGUGCAGGUGGAGGAUGCGCCACCACCAAUGGAAAUGUCACCAGCAACAGCAACAGCAAUAGUAAUAGUAAUAGCAACAGUAGUAGUAAGGUAAAUUCUGUCAACUCAUCACCAGUAUCAUUAGUUGGACAGCCACAACAACAGCAGUCACAGCAGCCUCUACAACAGUCACAGCAGCAGCAACAACAACAGCAGACGCAGCCUCAACCAAUACAACAAAGGGCACUUAAAACACCAAGUCCACUCAAUAGUGGAGCUGGAAGUAUGGAUGACAACCUCCCGCCAAUUUCAAUAGAGUCUGGAAUACAUAAUCUUUGA